AUGGCGGAUCGAGAUGGCUACGGGUCGGCGUCGCAGCCCGCGUCCCCUCGUUUGUCUCGCCGUCCCUUUCCCAUGCGCCGCCAGAACUCGGCAAAUGAGCAGCCUGACGAACGCUCCCCACUGCUGCUAAACAAUUCUCGAUCGCGUAUCCGAAUCCACGGCGGGGCAGCCUCACCACGUCCCAAUUUAUCCCGCGAUCAGAGCUACUCAGGAGCAUCCCGUGAUUUCACAGACAGCAGCCGCGGAACUCGACACCACAGUCGCCGCUCCUCUUGGAGCGCACGUCUCGUCCAUGCCUUCUCCGAGCGGUCCAUGUCAGAGUCCAAGGGCUCCAUCUUCCCCGACGAGCGCGUGUGGUACGAUCAGUUUACGAGCACCGACUGGGUGCACGAUACAAUCGCCGAUUCCUACCGUGUGAGGGCGCUUCGGAGUAGGAAGGAUUUUUGGGGCCGAGUCUUGACAACCAUCGAUGGUAGCCAGGGAUGGAUUCUCAGUGCUCUCUGUGGCUUCGUUAUCGCCUUGAUAGCGUAUACAGUCGACGCGGCCGAAUCAGUCUUUUUCGAUUUCAAGGAUGGGUAUUGUUCGAGAGCGUGGUAUUUUGACGAAAAGAGAUGCUGCCCCGGUGGGCGCACCGAAUGCACAGACUGGAAAACAUGGUCUCAGGCACUGCAUUAUCAUCCAUUUGGGGAGAAGUGGACGGAUUUCCUCAUCUACGUCGGCUGCGUCGUUCUCUUCGCAGUUGCUUCGUGCUGGGUCGCCCUGUGGACAAAGACGGUGGUUCCCUCGGCCUACCGUUUGACAACCCUCGACGAAAACCUGGCCGCCGAGACUCCUCAGGCCGCCGACGAAGGUCCCGGUGACGAUAGUGCCAGUCCCCGGCAGGUGGUCGAGAGGAAGCCUGAAAACCCGCCAAUGGUCUACUACUCAGCCGCAGGCAGUGGUGUCGCCGAAGUCCGAGUCAUCCUCAGCGGCUUCGUUCUUCACGGAUUCCUUGGUCUGAGAACAUUGAUCUUGAAGAUGCUGUCACUGAUUCUGAGUGUCUCUUCGGGGCUGAGUAUCGGCAAAGAGGGUCCGUUCGUCCACAUGGCGACCUGCGUUGGCAAUAUUGCAUGUCGUCUCUUUGCAAAGUACGAUCGCAACGAUGCCAAGAGGCGAGAGGUUCUUUCGGCUGCUGCAGCUGCUGGUGUGGCUGUUGCAUUUGGAGCCCCCUUGGGAGGUGUUUUGUUUGGUCUGGAGGAGGUGUCAUACUUUUUCCCAGCCAAGACCCUCUUCCGCACAUUCUUUGCCUGCAUCAUCGCCGCGCUGUCCCUCAAAUUCUUGAAUCCAUACGGCACGCACAAGAUUGUCAUGUUCGAGGUCCGCUACCUGGUUGAUUGGGAGUAUUUUGAGCUGGGAUCCUUCAUUUUCGUUGGUGUCGUCGGCGGUGCCAUGGGGGCGCUCUUCAUCAAGGCGUCCAAAUACUGGGCACAAACGUUUCGCCGAAUCAAGACCAUCAAGAAAUACCCCAUGCUGGAGGUGUUCCUCGUCGCAGUUGUGACUGGCCUUAUGAGCUAUUGGAACCCCCUGACCAAGGUCUCUGUCGCAAAACUGCUCCUCAACCUGGCGUCUCCGUGUGACCGCACCAAGGGCGAUGGACUUGGACUCUGCCCGAGAUCGGUGGAUGAUAUUCCUGAGAUCUUGAGAAUGUUAAUCAUUGCCUUUUUGAUCAAGGGUUUCUUGACCGUUAUCGCCUUUGGAAUCAAAGUCCCCGCCGGUAUUUAUAUCCCAUCUAUGGUCGUCGGCGGCUUAAUGGGACGGAUUGUUGGUCACCUGGCACAGUGGCUGGUUCUUGUCACACCUGACUGGAGUGUCUGGGGUGGUUGCGCAACUGCAUCGGACGGAACCUGUAUCCAGCCCGGAGUUUAUGGUCUAAUUGCUGCCGGUGCAACCAUGUGCGGUGUCACACGGCUGUCUGUGACGUUGGCUGUCAUUCUGUUUGAGCUCACUGGCAGUCUCGACUAUGUGCUGCCAUUCUCCCUGUCGAUUCUUGUGGCGAAAUGGACAGCAGAUGCCAUUGAGCCAAGCAGUAUUUAUGAUCUCCUUACAAACAUGAAUGCUUACCCAUUCUUGAACAACAAACACAAGCCCAUCUUCACCGGCGACUUGACGGAGCUGGUGCGGCGUUUACGGAGAGAGAGGGUUAUUGAUAUCACAAAUUCACCAAUGGUUCCUGCCUCGAGCCUCCGCACCAAGCUCGAACUGCUUCAUCGACACGGUGAGCUCGACGGUGGAUUGCCCAUCCUGAGGGAAGAUGUCCUUGUGGGCCUCAUUCCGGCUCCAGACCUUCAGUUUGCGCUGGACCAGCUUCGAGAUGAAGGCUCAAACCUCUGCUUGAUGGAUCAGAUCCCCAGCAUCGAUGAUGACGACGUUGGCAGCGAGCCCGAUCCCACGGACUUUACGCAGUUCAUCGAUCCGGCACCUGUUGCCUUAGAUAUCAGGUCGUCGAUCGAUCUGGCGUAUGAGUGCUUUGUCAAGCUGGGUCUGCGGUACGUUUGCGUCUUGAGAGACGGCAAAUAUGCCGGCAUGAUUCACAAAAAGACAUUCGCCAAGUAUACUCGAGAACUAGAAGAAGAGCAAGGCGGUCAUUAA